AUGCCAAUACAGCCCGACGAUCCCCUCGCCCGCUCAUUCGACAUGCCCGCAGACGAUCCCGACAACGACAGCGACGCCGACGACGAGUUCUUCGCCCGCCGCGACUCCUCCAUCCCCUCCCGCGACGCCGCCGUCACAAGCACUUCCGCCGCCGCCGAGUCCCGCGCCGAACACGCUCGCCUGCUCGCCGAAUCCUCCACCGCCGCCUCCUCCAGCUCGUCUCCUUCUCCUUCACAAUCAUCGUCCUCUCAUCAUCCCCACCUCGCGCCGUCAAACAACGACGGCGUCUUUGCAAACAUCAUGGCGAAGCCCGAGGCAGGCGAGAAACCCGCCGAAGAAAACCCGCCAUCGUACGAAGAGGCCGCUGCUGACGCCACGCCGCCUUACUGGGAAACCACCGUCAUCGCGCCCGGCAUGGCCACCGACGAGAUCUACAUUGAGGGUCUCCCCGUCGGCAGCUUUUUCAACUUCAUGUGGAACAUGCUCAUCUCGAUGUCGUUCCAGUUCGUCGGUUUCCUACUCACAUACCUGCUCCACACCACGCACGCGGCCAAGAACGGCUCGCGCGCUGGUCUUGGAAUCACACUGAUCCAGUACGGUUUCUACAUGCGCACAAAUCCCGAGGAGUCCACAGGCGAAGUCGUCACCGAUCCCGCGACCGUGACCGCCGCCGCGGCCGCCGAUCCAAACAGCUAUGAUUUCCAGUCGUCGAGCUCGAACAGCACUUCUGCUGACGGAUCCACUGACGGCGUCACUGACCAGAACAUUAUCGUCUCUUAUGCGCUCAUAUUCAUCGGCUGGGCGAUCUUGGUCAGAUCGCUGACGAGCUUUAUCCGUGCGCGGAAAAUGGAGCAGGUCAUUCUUCGGGGACCGAACGAGUCUGCCGCCACUGAUUCCGAGCCGAUCAUCGAAGAGGUUUAG